AUGCACCUGGUACUGCUGGUCCCUGUCCUCUUCUGGAUCUCAGGCUGCUCCACUGCUCAGGAUCCAAUCACAGGUCCAGACAUGGUGAGCGGUCAGGAGCAGGGCUCCUUGACUGUGCAUUGCAGUUAUGACUCAUCCUGGAAGAAUUACAAGAAGUACUGGUGCCGAGGAGCUGAUUGGACAACGUGUAAGAUCCUCAUUCAAACCGAUGCAUCAAAGCGGUUGGUGAGGAAGGACCGUAUGUCCAUCAGGGAUGACCAGACAGACUUCAUUGUCACAGUGAUCAUGGAGGACCUGAGGAUAAGCGAUGCUGGCAUUUACUGGUGUGCGAUUGAGAGAUUUGGACAUGAUCCCCAUUUUAAAGUUAAUGUGAACAUUGACCCAGCACCUCAGGCACCCACUACAGUGUUGACCACGCUCCCCAUCACCUCCACCACCAAAAUGUCCACAGUGUCCGUCGCUGUAAACGGGACCAGCAUGUUCCCAAUGACGAGCAGCCGCUACUCCGAUGACAGGCCCGGCGGUGACAGUGAUGGUGGUGAUGGAGGUGACGGUGGUGACAGAGGUGGUGGUUUUUUAGAGCUCAGUGUGCUCCUCCCGGUCAUCUCCGCAGUACUGCUGCUUCUCCUGCUGGCGGCCUCACUCUUUGCUUGGAGGAUGGUGAGGAGGCAGAAGAAAGCUGCUGGGCCACACUCAGAGCAGGUAAGUUCUCUGGAGGGUGACCUCUGUUACGCAAACCUGUCCCUUCAGCAGCCCAGACCCUCCCACGGCUCCUCUCGGAACAAGGGCUCCUUCAUGUCUGCCUCUGGCAAGGCCCACGAAGAGGAAGUGGAAUAUGUCACUAUGGCUCCUUUUCCCAGGGAGGAGAUUUCAUAUGCAGCUCUGUCUUUGGUGGCCUUGGGCCAGGAGCCCAUUUACAACAACACUGGCUGCCGCAUUCCCAGCACAAGUCUUGAGGAGUCCACGCAAUACAGCAGCAUCAGGAGGCCCUAGCCUAUGGCCCUGCUUUGAUCUUGGUCCCUGAAGAAGGCCUGGGAGCGUGUACCUACACAUCUGCCUCUGUGCCUGCUUCCUUACCAGGCUUAGAGGGUGACUUGAGCUCAGUUCAUUCAGCCCUCAUGGCCUUUAGCUCUACCAUGAGCUUGGAGUCCAGCCUCAAGGGGCUCCAUUAAGUUGAGUGUCUUCCCACAUCCCCUCUUACAGCCAAUAUACCUCGGAAGGUGCAAGGGAGGCUGCUUCAGGGAGGUUGUGUAAGUCGUAACAGCAAUAACAACAGUAGUAAUAGCAAUUAACCUCUAUUUAUGGUUUAUCAUAUGGCCCCCAAAGACGUUUUCAUCCUAAUGUCCAUAAUCUGUGAAUUAUCUUAUACAUCGAAAGACAGGUGCAUGUGUGUUUAAGUUAGGAUUUCCAGAUGAUUCUGUACUAUCCAAGUAGGCUCAGAAUAAGGUCACAAGGGUCCCUCUAAGGGGAAAUAGAGCAAGUUAAAAAAAAAAAAAGAGAAAAUGCAUGGUGGGGACAGAAGUGAUGCAGCAGGAACUGGGAUGCUGCAAUCUCCAGGAGCCAAAGAAGGCAAGUACCAGACUGUCGCCUGGGUGGGGCCUCCAAGAGGAAUCGGGCCUGAGCUGAGUAC